AUGGACUCAAUAGGUCUAUUUUCAAACUUGAUCGUCCCCACAAAGCAUUGAAUCCAACUUAUCAAGUACCCACAGUGUUGACAAUUCAUACUAAGAUCCGUCUUAUACGCUGGACAGCAAUACGUCCGCUGCUGAAAUGUAUGAAAAGACCAGGAGAAAUAAAAGAAGACGGAUCAGUGGUCAAUGGACAACCACAAUGCUCUUUCCAUCCUUCAUGGACGGUGUACCACUCGUUACGUAAUCGUCCAGAUAUUAAUAAGAAAAAACGAAGAAAGGUUGGAAAGACUCCUCUUGCCUAUGAAGUAAGUUUUCGUAUUAGAGCAUAUUCAUCAUUUCAGUGUUGA